AUGAUCCAGCAUGCGACCAGGGUCAGGAAAAUUGGAUGCGGUCGGGAACUGCCGUCUUGCUCCAACUGUGUUAAAGCAAAGAUCAAGUGUGAAAGGUCAAACAAAGGGAAAAAGCCUAACCAAACCAACAAACUGGUCAAUGACCUCGAACAAGUUGGCAACCGCCUCGGUGACUUGGAAAAGAAUGUCAGCCUCAUUCAUCACCGACUGGAUGAGUUUUUCCGAGGUCUGCCUCCCCAGCAGCACAAUAACCCAACAAAUAGUGGCGAGAAGCAUCGCUAUCUGGAUACACCGAUACCGCUAUCGUCUGUGGUUAUUCCAUCAAGUCCGUCUGGUAGCCAGGAUGUAGCUGUGCUGGACCAAAUUGCUCACCAUGGCAAAGGCACCAAUCGUCUUAUGGGGACCAGUGCUUUGAUAUCUCUCUUUGAAGAUGCGGACGAUAAGAUCGAUUUGCAUCUAGAUGCAAUGAGACCGAAAGCCUCCCUACGAGAUAUCCUCGGCCGUAAGAGGCCACAGGAGCAAUCAUCGCCACAGCCUCCGCUGGACGCCUUUUUGGCUUUCAAGUCUAAUAUUUAUCAUGGACUUUCGCUUUCAACGUUCACAUCUCAAGUGGACCUUUCCAGUGAUGGAAACCCCCUGCUUCUUCCUCCGAAAAGAUUGUUGGACCCCAUUUUCGAACCCUACUUUCGACAUAUCUCGUCUGUUGUGCCAAUCAUGGGACGACAGCCGUGCCUCAAUGCCAUUAAGGAACAAUACUCACCAGAAGUGACAGCUGAGAAGGUGGAACCUGCAUGGGUUAUAUUGUUCAACUACAUGAUUUUGUUUUGCUUUGUGGGACGAUACAUGCCUCUAGAUCGGCCAAGUAGUGAUGUCGACGUCGUCUCUAUCACACAUUUUGAGAAGCCGUUCAUUAUUAAUAUUCGACGGUCAUUUUCCGUUAUACACCAACUACUUACGCCAAAGCUGGUGAAUGUUCAAGCGCUAUUGGCCCUGACGUUGAUCUCGCAAAAGUAUUUCUCGGAACACGUCACGCAAUAUUUGCUUAACCAAACUUGCUUCGUAGCUAAAGCAAUGGGUUUGCACGAGGAGAGAUAUGGCAUUGCAGAUUUGACUACGGAAGAUAUCGACGACCGGCGCCGAGUAUUCAGCUGCUUGUUCAUCGUCGACAAGGAUGUGUCAAUGCUACUUGGAACACCACCCAAUCUUCACAAUCACGACUGUGAUGUUGCCUAUCCACUAUACGCAACAUACGAUUAUCGGCUCCGCCUUGAUUAUAGUCUCAUUGUCGGCAAAGUAUACGGCAAGCUUUACUCUCCAGCAGCCACACGUGGUUCUCUAGAAAGUUUAGAGUACAACGUGGAUGAGCUUCUUGGAGACCUUGACAUCUUUCAACGUGCUAUAGAUAAUGUCUCCCAGAAUGAGACGGACUCCAUGCAUCAUCGUGCCUGGCAGUUCUUGCGGCUGGAACAAAAACAUUUUGUCCAUCAUGCACGGCUUAUGGUGUUACGGCGGAGCAGUCAACCUUCUAAAUAUGCGCGACGCCUAUUAGAAGCAAGGCAGUGCAUUCGAACGAUUUCCAAAAUCCGUGCUGCCCGAACGACUGUUGGUGGCUUUAUGGUUCUGCGACGUCCGUUCCAAUGGCGCCCUUUUGUGGCAUUUUUUGAGAUCCUUCCAACUAUAUUCACAUAUCCACUUGCGGGCCAGAAUUUGGACGAUCUUGAACGCUUAAAAGAGCUAGUCAGUAUGUUGCGAUUCGUGACUUCAGCAGAUGAUCCGUCCUCGUACUGUGGCAAGCUCCUUCGCAUAGCAGGAGGAUGCAUCGAGAUCACGGAAGAGUUUGUUCAGCAAUGUCUACAGCACCAAAACUCGACAUCACCAGCUCGUCCGCUGGAGGCACAUAGUAACCUACAGAAAAAACGCAAAGCUAGCCCUACGGCGUGGUUCGGUGAUGUUCGUGCCAGACAGGUUCCGAGCCCUUCGGCUCCCAGUUACCGACCCGGUGAGCUAGGCCUUUCCAACUCGGUAGACACAACAGAAUUUACCAGCAUGAGUUAUAAUUCAUUUGGUGGCAAUGGUUUGCAAGAUAUGUUCCCGGGCUGGCCCCAGGCAGGCUCCUUGCCCUUCCUCGACGAGGAGCUCUUUUGGGGCGAUGGUGAAGAUGUCUUUGGCUCUCAGCAUGGGAUAUCGCCAAUAUUUGAGGACAGCAAUCAGUUCAUUGGGGAACAAUAG